UCCAAGCUAUCUGUAAGAAAAAAGAAAAUAGUCUUACAUCUCCUGGAUCCUGGAAAUUGUGAGUUCUCCAUGGAAUAAAAUCAAAAGAAAAUUCCACCUGUGAAGAGGAGACAGAGGAUGAAUUUGAAAGGUGAAUUGAUACUUAAGAGAAUCAAUAUAGAAUUUGAGAGAAGAGAACUAUAUGGCAACUGGCAUGGCGGUGAUUCCACCUGCCAGACUUCACAUGCGAUGCAUACAGCCGUGGUUCAGCUCAGUUUACAGACUGAACAGGGACAGUCUGGACAAAUCCCUGUCACUGCCCACCAAGAGCAGGAACUCCCUGGACCGGUGGAAGAACCCAGCCAAUGCAUGCAAAGGGAUUCCCUUUUUUCAGGCACCACCUUCGUCACUCCUUACCACCGAUGCAUCCCUCAUAGGAUGGGGCACGCAUUUAAAUAGCUUCGCAGCGCAAAGCAAAUGGCCACUUUCAAAGAUAUCCUUGCAUAUCCAUCUCCUUGAGUUGAGAGCAGUCAGGAACACCUAUGCCCAUUUCCUCCCGCUGAUAACAGGAUCACAUAUAAAGAUCCUAAUGGAUAACAUAGCCUGCAUGUAUUAUAUCAACCAUCAGGGGGAAGCCAGAUCACUCUCUCUCUGCAUGGAGGCAAUGAAAUUGUGUAACUGGUGCAUCUCUCACAAUGUUACCUUAUCCGUGGCUUACCUCCCAGGCACACAAAACAUGAUAGUGGACAAACGCAGUCACACAUUCCCACACAACUACAAGUGGGAGAUGCACCCAUUAGUACUUCACAACUUAUUCAUACAGUGGGUAACAUCAUCGACAGAUCUGUUCGCCACUUACCAGAACAAGAAGUGUCCACGAUACUAUUCCAGGGCAGGGGUCGGUCAGCACUCUCUGGGUGAUGCCCUCCUCCUUCCAUGGGACAAAGACCUUCUUUACUCCUUCCCUCCGUUUCCUCUUCCGCUGAAAGUCUGGCUGAAGAUAAAGAGGGACAGCGCUCACAUAAUUCUGAUUGCUCCCCACGGGGCCAAGACAGGCCUGGUACCCUUACCUGAUGCAGCUCGCAAUGUUUACCUGCAGAAAUGGUCCAGGAUUCAGAUUUGGUGCACAUCCCACCAGAUCUCUCCAGUAUCAGGAACUCUUCCACAUGUUCUGGAAUAUACCCUGACCCUUAAAAAAUCGAGGUUAUCCCUGAGUUCUCUCAGGGUCCACCUAGCAGCUAUUACAGCAUUUCACCAAACCGUAGAACGGUACUCAGUGCUCUCGCACCCAACCACUAAAAGGUUCGUUAAGAGAAUAACAAACCUCUUCCCUCAACCUCGACUUACUACCCCCUCGUGGGAUCUAAACCUAGUGUUGAAAGGGCUGACUAGGCCCCCCUUCAAACCUAUGGCUACCUGUUCACUAGCACACUGAUCGAUGAAAGCGGUCUUUCUGGUUGCAAUUACCUCAGCUAGAAUAGGGGAAAUAGCAGCUCUGAUGGUGCAUCGCCCAUACACAGUAUUCUUCUCUGACAAGCUUACACUUAGGCCACAUCCAAGGUUCAUGCCUAAAGUGACCUCUUCGUUUCACAUGAAUCAGUCUAUUCACCUUCCCACCUUCUCCCUCAAGCCUCACCAAGACAAUAGGGAAGCCAUACUGCAUAUCCUCCAUGUCAGGAGAGCCUGUGCAUUCUACCUUGAUAGGACAAGGGCCUUCAGGAAGUUCCCUAGACUAUUUCUCUCUAUGGCAGAAAGAUCUACGGGCCCAGCAAUAUCAGCUCAAAGACUCUCCAAGUGGGUCUCUAAUGGCAUCAAACAGUGCUGCCAGAUUCAUAACAUGACCCCGCCGGACUCAGUCAGUACACAUUCCAUGAGAUCCAUCUCCUGCUCUGUCGCCUUCCUCAAGGAAGUCCCCAUCUCUGAGAUCUGCAGAGCAGCGACAUGGGCAUCAGUCCACACCUUCACAGAACAUUAUGCAAUCAACAGGGACUCUGCCUCAGAUGCCAUCUUUAGCUCUGUCAUCUGUGACUAACCCACCCCCAAAGUCCCAACCCUCCAAGGAGGGUACUGCUCGGGAGUCACCUAGAGUGGAGCACCCAUAGGGGGACACAUCUUGAAGAACCAUCAUUACGCCACAAGGUAACUUCUUUUAUGUAUACAUAACAUUCAGAGGAUUCCAACUUUAAUAUUUUUUUUAAAUUCUUGAGUACAAAGCAUUCUUCUAAAGCAUUUGAGAUUCUCUUAUGAUUAAAAACUAGUUUGUUAAUUGCCAGUUUGCUUCAAUAUAAUCAUCCAAUGCUUGCUUCAUGCCUGGUAUGCAUAUGCUCAUGUUGCUCUGCCAUAGUACUUUAUUGCAAAGGUUGCACAAGCUAAAAGGCUGGGUAAUUUUAUGCUCACUAAUAACAUUUUUAGCAAUGUAAAUGGAGAUAAUAAAGCCAAUCUCACAUUCCACAGUAUAGGCUGUUUAUCUGCUGUGGUGGAUAAAGAAUGUUUCCCUCCAUAUAUAGCACUGCACAGUUAGCUAAGUGCAUUAUAGGAAACUUCCUUUGGCACAUCAGAUAUUGGGCACUGCCCAGGUCAAGAUGCUGGAUUAGUUGGACUAGUGGUAUCCAAGUCAAUAUGGCAAAUUUUAUGUUGAUUUGUUUGAAAACUAUCCAUUCACACAUCAUAAAUGUUAUGUUGAUUGAUAUUCAAAUUCUUAGAUUGACACAUACAUGAAAUCUGGAAGGAAUUCUGAUGUCCAAUAUGAGUUUUGACAUAUGGAACCAAAAGCAGACAAGCAAUUGUUUAUUUCAGGCAGAUCAUAUGAGUGUGUGGAUCAAGUCUUAUCUGCUCUGCGUGCACAUUAAAAAUCUCCUGGCAUGUUUUAUAGG